GACCGCCGGCGGGCGCUGAUUGGUCGGUCGCCAUUCGGGGGCGGGGAUUCGGGCGGAGGUUCCGCCCUUCCCGGCGCGCCCCGCGGCAGCGCAUGCGCCGUGGGGGCGGGAUCGGGCCCGGAUCGACCCCGAGAGCCGCGCCCCCCGCAGCCCCCCGCGACCAUGAGCAGCUCCGAGGAGGUCUCGUGGAUCUCCUGGUUCUGCGGCCUCCGCGGCAACGAGUUCUUCUGCGAGGUGGACGAGGAUUACAUCCAGGACAAGUUCAACCUGACGGGGCUCAACGAGCAGGUCCCGCAUUACCGGCAGGCGCUCGACAUGAUCCUCGACCUCGAGCCCGACGAGGAACUGGAGGAUAACCCGAACCAGAGCGACCUGAUCGAGCAGGCGGCCGAAAUGCUCUACGGGCUCAUCCACGCCCGCUACAUCCUCACCAACCGCGGCAUCGCCCAGAUGCUGGAGAAAUACCAGCAGGGGGAUUUUGGGUAUUGCCCCCGCGUCUACUGCGAGAACCAGCCCAUGCUGCCCAUCGGCCUGUCGGACAUCCCGGGCGAGGCGAUGGUGAAGCUUUACUGCCCCAAGUGCAUGGACGUCUACACGCCCAAGUCCUCGCGGCACCACCACACCGACGGCGCCUACUUCGGCACCGGCUUCCCCCACAUGCUCUUCAUGGUGCACCCCGAGUACCGCCCCAAGCGCCCUGCCAACCAGUUCGUCCCCAGGCUCUACGGCUUCAAGAUCCACCCCAUGGCCUACCAGCUGCAGCUCCAGGCCGCCAGCAACUUCAAGAGCCCCGUCAAGACCAUCCGUUAAAAACAGGGGGACCCCCCGCCCCCACCCCCCCAGGGCCCCCUGAAUCCCCUCCCCCACCCCCCCGCGGAGGGGCUGGGUUUUGUUUGGUUUUUUGGUUCUUUUUUUCCUCUUCGUUGUUCCGAAAUAUAAAAAAGAUUCAGGAAA